AUGGAGGGGCGUCUGAGAAAAACCAAUAGGGAAGACAAGCUCUUCACCAUGAACGUGUUUUUCAGCUGCCAUAGCAACAGGGAAACAGAGUUUGGUGUUUACAAUGAAGUAAAACAGAACAACACCACAGCGCAGCACAGUAACAGCAACAGCAACAGCAACAGCAACAGCGACAGCGACAGCGACAGCGACAGCGACAGUAACAGUAACAGUAAUAGUGACAGUAACAGUAACAGUAACAGUAACAGCAACAGCAACAGCAACAGUGACAGUAACAGUAACAGUAACAGCAACAGUGACAGUAACGGUAACGGUAACAGUAACAGUGACAGUAACAGUGACUAA